UUGCUUGCUACUGCAUCGCUGCAUUUAUCAAUGUCGUAACUGCGUCAUUUUGAUUAAUUUUUUAUGGAUUCUCCAAUAAUAUUACAAGGACUUUGUGACAGAAAAAGUAAAAUUUACGUUUCUGACGUCAAUGCUUGACGCAUUUACUCCUCGAAGAGUUGCCGAAAGACUUGUCCAUUUGUUUAAUUGUCGAUGUACGUAUUCUCUGUUUGUUUCAUUUGAAUGUUUAUUGUGUUUUGCGUUAUUAAUUAUUAGCGAGCUCCGUUGAGCUUUAUAAACGCGCGUGCGCGAAAAGAUCAAUAUCGAUCCGUUAGAUAGAUAGAUCCAUAUAGAAGUUAGAUUAGGAAAUUGGGGAGGGCAACAGUCCACGCGCUGCCGCGGCAUGUCGUUAAGAAGCAAUGAGGACACUUCCCUUUCAUCUGUUGAAGCGGCUAGUCGAGGAAUAAAUAUAAAGUAUAAAGAUUGUGAGACAUAGUAAAUUUAUACAAAGUGUAAAAUAUUCUGUUAAGUUCAAUUGUGAUUGAAGACAGCUUAGUCUGAGAAGCCUGUACAACAAAAUUAUCAGUCUACGAUGCUUACGGAAUGGAUUGGAGCUCUCAUUGUUGUUCUGAGUGUUGUAUAUAUUUAUUACAAGUAUGUGGUAUUCAGUUUCUGGCGCAAAAGAAAUGUCUUUUAUGUCGAGCCCGUUGUGCCAGCUGGUAAUUUGACAGCUCUUGUGACUGGAAAAGUGUCAGUAGGCGAACUCUUCCGUGAUGCCUACUUAAAAUAUAAGAGUUAUCGCGCUUUUGGAAUGUAUAUGUUUUUCAAACCAAAUCUAAUAAUUGCCGACCCCGAUCUGAUUCAAAUGGUGUUGACGAGAGAAUUCAAGUGUUUCCACGAUCGGGGACUGUUCUGCAAUGAGAAAACUGAUCCAUUGACUGGCCAUUUGUUUUGCUUAUCCGGGAAAAAAUGGCGGAAUUUGCGUCUCAAGUUAACAUCCUCUUUCACUCCGGGAAAAACAAAACAACUCUUUAUGAUUCUAAAGGAGUGCGGCGAAGAGUUUGCAAAGAGUUUAGAGAGCGAAGCUCGGACGAGAGAUUGUAUUGAGAUGAAGGAAAUGUUUGCAAGGUUUUCAACAGACAUAAUUAUGUCAACGGCAUUUGGAAUCAAAUCCAAUUGCAUGAAGCAGCCGAAUAACGAGUUUCGAUACUGGGGAAGGAAAAUCUUUGAAGAGAGGUCCCUUUUGAUGGCUUUCUCAAUGUUCGCACCUCAAAUAAUGGACUUUUUUUCCCUUCCUGCAUUGGACAGAGGCGUUACCAAAUUUUUUACGACACUGUUUCGUGAUAAUGUGGAAUAUAGGCGAACUCAUAAUAUCGUCAGGCACGAUUUUGUGAAUCUGCUUAUGCAACUCAUGGAGAAGGGCUACGUUGAACCUGAAGAUGAGAAAGAUAUUAGCAACAUAUCACCAAACGUAAGUAAACUUACUAUGUCGGAAGCGGCUGCGCAAGCUUUUGUCUUCUACUUAGCUGGCUUCGAAACUUCUGCCACAACAGCAACAUAUUGUCUGUACGAAUUAGCUUGUCACCAACACUUACAAGACAAGGUUUGCAAGGAAAUCGAUGAAAUAUUAAAAAAGCACGGCGAAGUGUCCUAUAAUGCCCUGAACGAAAUGACAUAUCUUCAUAAAGUAAUAAACGAAACUAUGAGGAAAUACCCACCUGUGCCUAUCUUGAAUCGCAUCUGUACCGAAGCCGUUACUCUUCCAACAACGAAUAUCCACGUGCCAAAAGGGACUUCGAUCACUAUACCAGUACUUGGAUUGCAUAGAGAUCCGUCGAUAUAUCCAGAUCCGGACAAAUUUGAUCCUGAACGAUUCAACGUAGAUGCGAUGGCAAACAGACAUCCUUAUGCUUAUUUGCCAUUUGGAGAAGGACCACGGAUCUGCAUCGGUAUGAAAUUUGGUUAUAUCCAAACAAAAGUUGGACUGGUGAGUCUUCUGUCAAGGUUCAAGUUCAAACUCCACUCCCAAACUCCGGUCCCGCUCACUUUCGACGAAGCAUCCAUUCUAGUACUUGCGGUCAAAGGCGGUGUCCCUCUUAUCGUUGAGCAGCGAUGAAGCAAUCACGCUGUUUUUUUUUUAUUUGAAGUAAAUAUUUCUAUUUAAAGCAUCCGAAAAAUAUUGUUGACUCAAAGUGCACAAAAGUUCUUUUAAAUGGGAUUAUUAUAUUAUGCUUUGCAUUUGUCGUUAUAUUAGCGGAAUUCUGGAAAUUGUAGAGUAUUUGAUAGAUAUAAGUGAUAAAAAUAUAAUUGAACUUGUAAGUUUUUGUAACUUUUAUUAAAAGGACAAUCAUGUAUGUGAUUUUAUCGUUAAAUAGAAACAAAGUUGCAAAUUAAUUUAUAAUAUAUGAUUACUGGAGCAAGUUCACAUAUAUUUGAACAAGCAGUGAAAGGAGCGUCAAUGCAUAUUUGUAUAUUUAAGUUAUACAAUAUUAAUUUUUAUAUAUUUAUAUCAAUUUUAAAAUGUAGAGAAACAUAG